UUUAGUAACUACUAAUAAAUGAAAAGAAAGUGAGAACACGAUCCUUAAACAACAUAGCGAGCUUUCUCAUUUGUUAAACAUUUGUACUGCCUUUUUUGCAACUUUUCUGGUUCAACUUUUACCUUUUUACUGAUUGUACCUGCGAAUGUGAUUACUCUCGGAACAUUCUAUCUUGAAUAAAGAAAUAAAGGCCCAACAGCCGAUCUUUUUCUACUAAUGAACUAGUGUUUUCCUUUGUUGGCUACAGAUGUUGAAUCAUGUGAGUAAUAAUAGUAAUAGCUGCACAUUGCUGUUCGUAGUGAGGCACUACUCUAGAAUUCAACCCCCAAGGCCUGUUUCUGUUAAACCAGUAAUCAGAGUAUCUAACAAUAUUGCUCGCCUGGAUGCUCCUAAAAAAGGUCCAAAACCCAGACAGCUGUUAUCAUUGCCUCCUUUUCCUGGCCACCCCUUGCCUGCCAAGAGCUCAAAUAGUGGUCCUGGACAGCGUGAUUAUGUUACUGCUGUCAAUUGGAUUAAGUAUUACUUCAAGGGUACAUGGGGUUCUGUCAUUGAAUCCCAUUUCAGAGAGGGUCUUGUGCAAAUGGAGGUCCUAGUUGCUGCUGACUCUUACACUCGGAAAGAUACUCUGAUGAAAUCCAUGCGAAAGAUUAGACCUAAUGAAGUGAUGGAACUUGGUGCCAGAGUUCACGUUCCUGUAUCAAUUGCUGAGACUAGGAUUUCCAAAAGAUAUGAUGCUAUUCCUUGUGGAACACUAUAUCCAAAUGCUGACGAAAUUAAGUAUCUGCAAAGGCUUGUGAUUUACAAGGACUCAGCUAUUAUUGUGCUUAAUAAACCUCCAAAGUUGCCGGUUAAGGGGAGUUUACCAGUUCACAAUAGCAUGGACGCAUUGGCAGCUGCUGCACUGUCCUAUGAUUAUGAUGAGGGCCCUAAACUAGUUCACCGUCUUGACAGAGAGACCAGUGGCAUCCUUUUACUGGGGAGAACUAAAGAUAGUGCAUCUCAUCUCCAAUGGUUGUUCACUAACAUUAACAAUGCCAAAUCUUCUUGUAAGGCUUGGAAUGAUGCAUGUGAAGCUACGUAUCAGAGGUAUUGGGCAUUGGUCAUAGGGACUCCCAAAGAGAAGGAAGGCGUAAUUCAUGCUCCUCUUUCUAAGGUGCUUCUAAAUGAUGGGAAGACUGAGAGGAUAAUACUAGCUCACCAUUCAAGUGUAGAACCACGCCAAGAGGCUGUAACUGAGUAUCGGGUGCUUGGUCCAAAGAUAAAUGGAUGCUCGUGGGUGGAGCUACGUCCUCUUACUUACAGGAAACAUCAGUUGCGCGUCCAUUGCGCUGAAGCACUUGGCACACCAAUAGUGGGUGACUACAAGUAUGGCUGGUUUGUGCACAGCCGAUGGAAACAAAUGCCGCGAAUCGAUAUCGAGCCAACAACUGGAAAACCAUACAAGUUGCGUAGGCCAGAAGGCCUUGAUGUUCAGAAGGGAAGUGUUUUAUCGAAGGUUCCUCUAUUGCAUCUUCACUGCAGAGAACUUGUGCUCCCCAACAUCGCUAAGUUUCUACAAGUUUUGAACAAUAGUUCAGAAGAACUACAGAGUUCAUUCAGCCAGCAGCCUGAUGUUCUUCGAUUUGUGGCAACAAUGCCAUCCCACAUGAGAAUUAGUUGGAAUCUUAUGUCAUCGUAUUUAGUCUGAACUUAAUUGCAUGAUGCAAUUUGUUAAUCAACUCAAGGGAAAAUAAAUGGUGGUCACUAGUAUUUAAUAGUUUAGGCAAAUGUAUACUUUGCUGUUCAAAAUUUCGGAUGUUACUACAUCAUAGGUUGAAGUCCAAGUACAUUGAAGUAACAUACUGAAACUUCUUUGAUUUGUCAAAGUUCUCUUUUUGACGACUUGAAUAUAUCUGCUUCAGUGUACU